AACAAAGGAAACAAACGUCAAUGUCAAUGUCAAUGUCGUUGUCGGUCCAUGUGUUGUGUGCCUCUUACUAUUUUUUUUUAAUUAAUAUUGUACGUACCUAAAACUCAGUUAAUAUUCAAUAAUUCAAUCAAAAUGCAACACGACGAUGUUGUGUGGGCGAUAAUCAACAAAACACAUUGUUCUCACAAAGUAACAACCAAGACUCAACAUUUCUGUCGAAAUGAAUAUAACCUCACAGGUUUAUGUAGCCGAGCGUCAUGUCCUCUUGCAAACAGCAAGUACGCUACAAUCAGAGAAGAAAAUGGUAUUAUUUAUUUGUUUAUGAAGACGGCAGAAAGAGUAAUGUUCCCUGCACAACAGUGGGAAAAGGUGAAGUUGUCAAGAAAUUUUGAGAAAGCUAUAUAUCAAAUAAAUGAAAAUCUGUUAUACUGGCCAGGAUUUAUUAAAGCAAAAUGCAAGCAGAGAUUUGUGAAAAUAACACAAUAUUUAAUAAGGAUGAGGAAGUUAAAGUUGAGAAGAGUGAAAGAAUUAGUACCCAUACAACGCAAGAUAGAGAGACGUGAACGGCGUAGGGAAGAAAAAGCAUUAGUGGCAGCCAGGAUUGAUAAUGCCAUAGAGAAACAGUUGCUGGAGAGAUUGAAGAAAGGAAGUUAUAAUGACAUUUAUAACUUCCCACAAAUGGCUUUCGACGCUGCCCUCAAAGCUGAGGAAGUUUCCAGUGAAAGUGAGAAGUCAGACGAAGAGGAAGAAGAAGUAGAGAGGGAGAUGGAGCCAGAGCUGGAAAGAGAGUUGCAGAAAAAUGUUGAAGAAGUUGAUGAGUUUGUUGAAGCAGACAGUGAAAUGGAGAGUGAUGUGGAUAGUGAAUCUGGUAAAAGAGAAGAAGCUGACGUGGGCAGCGACUUUGAAUCUGACGCUUCUGACAUUGAGGAAAUAUCAUCGAAGGUGGCUAAGAAACCUCGCGUUGAGAUCGAAUACGAGACAGAACCACUCGUUAGUGUAUCCAGAAAAAAAAUAAAGAAUUGAUAGUACAUUGGAA